AUGGAGGCUACAGGAGACGACCCGUGUGAUCGGGAGAGCGAGUCUUCUGAUGUCGUGGAGUCCAUCGUCGCCAUCGACGUAAAAGAGAAGAGAGCAAUAGGGUGCAGCAUCUUCUCCACCGCCGAUGGGGUGCUCAAAAUCGCAAAUGACAUACCGAUGGCGAACGAGAAUGUGGCCGAACAGUUUCUCAACUACGCGCAGCCAACCACGAUCUUGAUGUCAAGGCGAGUUCCAGAAACGAUUCUAACUUUCGUGGAGAAGCACGUUGAGAGAAGCACCCACGACCUUCAUUUUCGCCUGAUGCCGUCUUCUGACUUCUCGCAUACGUUUGCGUGCGAGGAAUUGUCGUCACUUGGUUCAAACGGCGAUUGCUCGUUUCGAACCGCAUCCCCGUCAAACACCGAGGAGCAAUGCAUAGGGAGCAACGGCCAAGCUUUGCACAUGCCAGGUCACAGCGAGCCGCAGUGCAUGAAACUUGUCCGCUGCGGCUCGUUGGUCGACCUGGAGAGCGUCGCUUCUUUGAGCUGCGCUGGUGCCCUUCUCACAGAGCUACACCGACGUCGGUCCCUCGCAUCCUCUCCCAGCAGCUCCGGCGGAGUGGACAUCUUCGACGUGAGGUCCGUCACAAUGUUCAACCUAGCGGACCAUGUUUUCGUUAGCGAGGAGUCCCUGCUAUCUCUUCAGAUCAUCAAUCAUGAGUCACACCCAAAUAGCCAAGCCUGGAGUAUUGACUCAAACAGCUCAUCCGAAAAGGAGAAUCUCUCUAUAUAUGGCCUACUUCACCCAUUGGCUUCCACUCCCCAGGGUCGAGCACAUCUACGACACAUGUUCCUUCAGCCCACGUCAGACCUCGAUAUCAUCAUGGACCGACAACGUACCAUCUCCCUGCUUCUUCAACCCAGCAACGAGGAGAAGUCGAGACGUGUCGUCUCUAUUAUUGACGGGAUUGCUCCUCUGGUCUUAACUCGGGUGGGCGAUUUGAUUGAAAGGGUGGUCAACUUUGACCAAGCGAAGUCCCAACAGCGCUAUUCAGUACGGCCUGGCAUAGAUGACGAGCUGGAUGGGUUGAAGCGACAGUAUGACGGUUUGAAUAGCUUCUUGACGGAGGUCGCCAACCACGUCGCCCAGGAUUUGCCCGCAUGGGCACGCCAGUCUAUACGAUCAUGCAUUUUCCUUCCCCAGCUUGGUUUCUUGACGGUUGUCGAGCAAGGCUAUCAGCAGGGCGGCAGCAGUUUUGACGAAGAAUGUGCAGGCGACGGGCUAUGGAAGAAAUCAUUCACCGAUAAUGAAACCGCCUACUAUAAGAAUCGCCAUAUGACAGAACUUGAUGAACAGUAUGGAGACAUCUAUUCUCAAAUCAGCGACAGGGAAGUUGAGGUGAUGCAGAGGCUGGCUAUGGAUGUUAUAGUCCACGAGGAGGCCCUCCUAGCAACUGCAGCCAUCUGCGGGGAAUUUGAUGCACUUCUGGCCCUUGCCAUUGGGGCUGCAAAGUAUGGAUGGAAAGCACCGCAGCUGACCACUGCCAACAUCCUUCACAUCAAGGGCGGAAGGCAUCCGCUACAGGAGCUGCUCUCUCCGUCCUUUGUGCCGAAUGAUUGUUACAUAGGUGAUGACGGCAAUGUGACACCAGGACGCACCGUUCAAGCACUCGUUUUGACUGGGCCGAAUCAAUCCGGGAAGAGCGUUUACAUCAAGCAAGUGGCUAUUAUCGUCUACUUGGCACACAUCGGGAGCUUUGUGCCAGCUGAUGCCGCUGUGAUCGGCACCGUCGACAAAAUCUUAACACGCAUUUCGUUACGGGAAAGUGUGUCCGGUACGGGAAGCACCUUUGCACACGAUCUAAAAGACGUCUCGCAUGCCAUGAAAUACUCUACAGCACGGAGCCUUGUCUUGUUGGAUGAAUUUGGGAAUGGGACAACAGCCAACGAUGGUGCUGGGAUGUUCACAGCAAUGCUGGACUAUUUCCUCUCCUCCGCGGCACAGACACCAAGAAUCUUGGCUGCCACACAUUUCCAUGAGGUGUUCGCCAAUGGCUAUCUGAACCACCAUUCUACCCUCACAUUGGCGCAUAUGGACGUGAGAACUGACUGGGAUGCUAUUAAUCCGGAGGAUAAAGUCACUUACUUAUUUAGGCUUGUAGAAGGCUAUAGCUCGACAAGUUUAGGGAGCCAAUGUGCUGUCCUAAGUGGAAUACCAGAGGAUAUUAUAAAUCGAGCUAGGGAGAUAGGGGAGUUAAUAAGCUAG